AUUUAAGUUCCAGUCCGGUUGAAUCUUUGGCCUUCUCCUCCAUCAAUCCUCAUUCACAAAAGAAGCCAUGGAAUGCAACCAGUCAUCUUCCCUUUCCUUCUGUCUUCACUCUUUCCCUCCGAAUCCUUUCUUCUGCAGAAACAAUCAAUUCUCCAGAAUAAAAGCCUCCGCAAGAUCCCCACCAAAACCCCAAAGAAACCCAACCAUAUUUGCCCACAGAAGAAGCCCACCACCAUUCUUUGAGAAAAACGCAUUCCCGUCCUCUUUACCACUCCACACCAAGAACCCACAUGCCAUUUACAAAGACAUUCAAAGAUUCGCGAGACAAAACAAGCUCAAAGAAGCCCUUGCCAUUUUAGACUACGUAGACCAGCAGGGCAUCCCUGUAAGUCCCACCACUUUCUCUUCUCUUCUUGCCGCUUGCGUUCGUUCCAAAUCCUUAGCCGAUGGGAGGCAAAUCCACUCUCAUAUUCGAACAAAUGGGCUCGAAACCAACGAGUUUUUACGUGCCAAACUUGCCCAUAUGUACACUUCUUGUGGCUCCAUCGACGAUGCCUUAAGGGUAUUCGAUGAAUGUACUAGCAAGAAUGUUCAUUCUUGGAAUGCUUUGCUUAGAGGAACUGUUAUAUCAGGUAAGAAACGGUAUUUGGAUGUGCUUUCUACCUAUUCAGAAAUGAGAUUGCUGGCAGUCAAAUUGAAUGUGUACACUUUCUCUGCUGUUCUUAAGAGCUUCGCUGGUGCAUCAGCAUUUAGACAAGGUUUAAAGACGCAUGCCCUUUUGAUUAAGAAUGGUUUCAUUGAUAGUUCAAUGCUUAGGACUGGUUUGAUUGACUUUUAUUUUAAAUGUGGGAAGAUUAAACUAGCAUGCCGUGUGCUUGAGGAAAUUCCUGAGAGAGAUAUAGUUUUGUGGGGGGCGAUGAUUGCGGGGUUCGCACAUAAUAGGAUGCAAAAGGAAGCUUUGAGUUAUGUUAGAUGGAUGAUAAGUGCAGGGAUAUAUCCAAAUUCUGUUAUACUAACUACCAUUCUUCCAGUGAUUGGGGAAGUUUGGGCACGGAAACUAGGCCGGGAGAUCCAUGCUUAUGUAGUUAAGACGAAGAGUUAUUCCAAGCAGUUGGUUAUUCAGUCUGGUUUAGUUGAUAUGUACUGCAAGUGUGGUGAUAUGGAUUCAGGCAGGCGAGUCUUUUAUUGCUCAAGAGAAAGGAAUGCGAUUUCUUGGACUGCUUUGAUGUCAGGAUAUGUAUCAAAUGGGAGGCUUAACCAGGCUUUGAGAUCAGUUGUUUGGAUGCAGCAGGAAGGGUUCAAGCCUGAUGUCGUCACAGUUGCCACGAUUCUUCCUGUUUGUGCAGAGUUGAGGGCUCUGAGUCAUGGAAAAGAGAUUCAUGCUUAUGCUGUAAAGAAUUGUUUCUUCCCCAAUGUGUCUAUUGUCACUUCCCUGAUGAUUAUGUACUCAAAAUGUGGUGUUUUAGAUUAUUCUUUGAAAUUAUUUAAUGGUAUGGAGGCAAGGAAUGUGAUUUCAUGGACAGCCAUGAUUGAGUCAUAUGUUAAGAGUGGUCAUUUGCAUGAAGCACUUAGUGUGUUUAGGUCAAUGCAGUUCUCAAAACACAGGCCAGACUCAGUGGCAAUGGCAAGGAUGUUGAACGUUUGCAGUGAGCUUAGAGCUGUAAAGCUUGGGAAGGAGAUUCACGGACAAGUCUUGAAAAAAGAUUUUGAAUCAAUUCCUUUUGUUUCUGCAGGGAUUGUCAAGAUGUAUGGUAGUUGCGGAUUAAUUAGCAGUGCAAAAUUAGUGUUUGAGGCAGUCCCUGUUAAGGGUACUAUGACGUGGACUGCCAUUAUCGAGGCUUAUGGAUGUAAUGAUCUUUGUGAAGAUGCAAUUAGUCUUUUUCAUCAAAUGGCAUCUGACGAUUUCAUUCCAAACCAUUUCACUUUCAAAGUGGUUUUAUCAGUUUGCAGACAAGCUGGAUUUGUUGAUAGGGCUUGCCAAUUAUUCAGUCUAAUGACUCGUAAAUAUGAACUCAAGGCAUCUGAAGAACAUUACUCUAUAAUCAUUGAACUGCUUAAUACUUUCGGUCGCUUUGAGGAGGCUGAAAGAUUCGUGCAGAUGAGUUCUCUAUCAUCAUGAGAGAGACAGCAAAAUCUUCUUUUCCCAUGUUUCAAUGCGUUAAGUAAGCUCCCGGAACCUCCCUGUGUUUUAUUGGAUUUUUAUGUAUUGUAAUUGUAAAUAAUUUGUUGUAAGCUACUUGGCAUAUUAUAGGUGA